CCUCCACCUCCACCACUCCCAGUCCCAACACCAGCGAACCCCACCGGAGAGACCGACAGAAGCCGCGGCGGCGUCGGCGAAGAUGUCGGGGAGAGGCAAGGGCGGCAAGGGGCUGGGGAAGGGCGGCGCCAAGCGCCACCGGAAGGUGCUCCGCGACAACAUCCAGGGGAUCACGAAGCCGGCGAUCCGGCGGCUGGCGCGGCGGGGCGGCGUGAAGCGCAUCUCGGGGCUCAUCUACGAGGAGACCCGCGGCGUGCUCAAGAUCUUCCUCGAGAACGUCAUCCGCGACGCCGUCACCUACACCGAGCACGCCCGCCGCAAGACCGUCACCGCCAUGGACGUCGUCUACGCGCUCAAGCGGCAGGGCCGCACCCUCUACGGCUUCGGCGGCUAGGCCGGCCCCCCUCCAGCCGGCUACCAGAUUACUACUACAAGGCUAGUAGUAUUUGUCUAGGGUUCGUGGUCUCUUCGGUGUUGUCUGCUCUGCUCUGCUCUGUUCCUGCGUGAUGUUGGGAUUGAUGUACUAGUGCCAAAGACUGAAUGAAAAAUCGAAUUUGGAAAUUA